ACGGCCGAACAGGCAGCAGCACCAUGUCAGUAAGACAACUGAUCCGGUGAGCGAUGCAGCAGUGACCACCAUGGAAACAGGGGGAAACCAAAUGAACUAGCAGCCAAUCUCUCUCUCUGUGCACUGGAUCGGAAGCUGCAGCCAGCCAGCCAGACACAGAGCGCUGGCUAAUGUGAGGGAUGGGAUCGUAGCUGGCUGGCAGCCUGCUGCUUCUCUCUCUGCUCUUUAGCUUUUAUAGGGAGAGCUCAAGAAAUGUAUGUAUAUUUGCACCUAGCACUCCAUCUAUAAACCUUUUGCGGGCACACUGUUACUCACACCCUGGCAAGAACACAUUAUGUGACUCCCCCGAAAGGAACUAAGGCAUCCCAUAAUACGGAGACCAGAGGAAUCAACCAACACUGAAACUGCGGCUGUUGGGUCAUGCCUCCAAUCCUGCAAAUGCCCCUCAGUCAUGGGAUCUGAAGUAAAUACUCCUAAAUAAAUGAAUCACUUAACCACCUAUGGCCUUCUACCCAUACUUCAUCUUCACAUUGCCCAUCAAUUUUACAGAAUCAAGGAGACAGUGACCUUCAUUUUUCCAAUGUGCACGGUAUUUUUGGACAGUGCAAUUGCAAAGUUGACACUUAUUUCCAGGAAGAAAAACUCCAUACAUCCAUGGCAUUCAUCAUUUGACAAACACAAGCAUUUUCCUUAUCAAUCAGCUCUCACUGAACCCAACGGCGGCGGCACCUGCAGAAUCCUUAAGGGCCUGCUCAAUUCCUGAAGAAACGAGCUAAAAUGAAGGACAUGCCACUCAGACUAUAUUUGCUGCUGGGCCUAGCCAUCACGGUCCUGGUACAAGCUGCCGAGAAGAAAGCAGACUGCCCUCCAACGUGUACAUGUGAAAUCAGACCUUGGUUCACCCCUAAAUCCAUUUAUAUGGAGGCCCCGACUGUGGAUUGCAAUGAUUUAGGUCUCCUUAAUUUCCCUGCUAGAUUGCCUGCUGACACACAGAUUCUACUUCUACAGACGAACAAUAUUGCAGAAAUUGAAUACUCAGAAGACUUUCCAGUGAACCUCACUGGCCUGGAUUUAUCUCAAAACAAUUUAUCCUCUGUCAUCAAUAUUAAUGCUCAGAAGAUGCCUCAGCUUCUGUCUGUGUAUCUGGAGGAAAACAAACUUACUGAGCUGCCUGAAGAAUGUCUGUCUGGCCUGGACAGUUUGCAAGAACUCUAUAUUAAUCACAACCUGCUCUCAGCAAUUUCUCCGGGAGCCUUCAUCGGCCUCCGUAAUCUCCUCCGGCUUCAUCUCAAUUCCAAUAGAUUGCAGAUGAUCAACCGCGAAUGGUUUGAAGCUCUUCCUAAUCUAGAGAUUCUAAUGAUUGGGGAAAAUCCUAUCAUCAGCAUCAAAGAUAUGAACUUUAAGCCUCUUAUCAACCUGCGCAGCCUGGUUGUUGCCAGCAUAAACCUCACCGAAAUACCAGAUGAUGCCCUGAUUGGCCUCGAAAAUUUAGAAAGCAUCUCAUUCUACGACAACCGCUUUGUCAAAGUGCCCCAAGCAGCGCUGCAAAAAGUCAUAAACCUGAAGUUCUUGGACCUAAACAAGAAUCCUAUUAAUAGAAUCCGGAGGGGUGAUUUUAGCAACAUGCUACACCUGAAAGAGUUGGGGAUAAACAACAUGCCAGAACUGAUUUCCAUCGAUAGCCUGGCAGUCGACAAUCUGCCAGAUCUGAGGAAAAUCGAAGCUACCAACAACCCGAGGCUGUCCUACAUCCACCCCAACGCUUUUUCCAGGCUGCCCAAGCUGGAGUCCCUCCUCCUCAACAGCAACGCCCUCAGUGCCCUGUACCAAGGAACGAUCGCAUCCCUUCCCAACCUCAAGGAAAUCAGUAUUCACAGCAACCCAAUCCGCUGCGACUGUGUUAUCCGCUGGAUCAACAUGAACAAAACCAACAUUCGGUUUAUGGAGCCCGAGUCCCUGUUCUGUUUCGACCCUCCGGAAUUCCAAGGGCAGAACGUGCGGCAGGUGCACUUUCGGGAAAUGAUGGAAAUCUGCCUCCCUCUGAUAGCCCCAGAGAGCUUUCCAUCCACCCUGGACUUAGCAACCGGAAGUUGUGUUUCACUACACUGCAGGGCCACAGCGGAGCCGGAGCCUGAGAUCUCCUGGAUAACCCCGUCGGGUCGCAGGCUCUUGCCCAAUACCAUGUCUGGAAAGUUCUACGUCCACUCUGAGGGGACAUUGGACAUAAGUGGCAUAACCAGCCAGGAGGGUGGCCUGUACACUUGCAUGGCCACGAAUCUGGUCGGGGCCGACCUGAAGUCAGUUCUGAUCAAUGUGGAUGGCUCCGUCCCACAGGACGGCACUGGCUCUCUGAACAUUAGGGUGAAAGACAUCCGGUCCAGCUCUGUGCUGGUAUCCUGGACAGCGAGUUCCAAGAUUUUCAAGGCCAGCGUGAAGUGGACAGCCUCCGCCCGAGCCAAAAACCCACGUGCUGCCCAGAGUGCUCGAAUCCCAUCUGAUGUGAAGGAGUACAACCUGACCCACCUACACCCUGCAACCGAGUACAAGAUCUGCGUGGACAUCCCCACCAUCUACCAGCAGAGUAAGAAACGCUGUGUGAAUGUUACCACCAAGGGCCUGGACCAUCCCAGGGCAGAUCACAAGAGCAAGGGGACAGCAGCGAUUGCCUGCUUUGCAGGCCUGCUGGGGAUCCUUAGUGUGAUGUGUGUCUUCAGCUGCCUCUCUCAGGAGCUGAACUGUGACACACACCCCGGUGAUGUCAGGAAUUAUUUGCAGAAGCCAACCUUCCCCUUCAGUGAGUUCUACCCUCCUCUCAUCAGCCUUUGGGAAGGCAGCAGAGAGAAAAGCACAGGCCUGGAGGUACAAGCGACGGUUAUAGGGGUCCCGGGCAGUGUGUCCUAAAGCCACCGCAGCACAAAACUUGCUUUCUGAGAAGAAAAGCACAAGACUUAAGUUGUGCUAAGUGAAAGGCAGAGAAUCUGGGCUCCUUAGGAGGGAGAAACCAGGGUUGGACGGGUGAUGCCGGUCCCAAGGGGAAAUCGGCACAGCCUCAGCAUACGAUGUACACCUAGCUGGAUUCGAUGGUUACUGUGCCAACCAAAUAAAACAACUCAAUUUUCUAAACUCCCAUGUGACUUUGCUGUCUGGAAUACAGUUCAAGUGGACAAGAGCAUUUUCUGUAUUUGGUUUUUUAGUAUGGAAGAGUAGUGAUUGCACACUACCUCCUCGUGGGUUGCCACACGCAUAUUAGCCAAGGGUUUUGCCAGUACCGGACAAACUUGAAUUGGCAGGUGGUGUAACGAAAUGGACAAAUUCUGUAGAGUAGACGCAGUGAGUAUGUGAAACUUUUUUAUGAGGAAAAAUACAUUUUGGAUUAAAAUCAAUGGCUUUUGUCCUGUUUUCGUUUCUAAAUAAAAGAGCAUUUCUGGGA